CUCCGAUACUCUCCGGAUUUCGUCCACCUUGGUCGAUCCCCUUUCUACACCCACGGAAAGCAACACAGAAAUGGAGGGCGAGAGGCAGCCGCCGCCGGCGGCGGCGGCCGCCGUGUCCAAGGUGCUGGACGACGACGACCUCCUCGCAGAGAUCCUCCUCCGCGUCGGCCUCCCCACGACCCUCGUCCGCGCCUCCCUCGUCUGCAAGCGCUGGCUGGCGCACGCCUCCGGCCGCGCCUUCCUCCGCCGUUUCCGCAAGCUCCACCCGCCCCGCCUCCUCGGCUUCUACGUCGAGGGCGACAGGGACGUCCCGGCCGACCCGCCGGCCUUCGUCCCGGUGCUGCCCCAGCCCGCAGAGCUCGCCGCCGUCGUCCGCCGCGCGAGCUUCAGCCUGGACGUCUACAGGGUCCUGCUGGCCCAGAUCCACGACUGCCGGAACGGCAGCGUCUUCGUCCAGGUCGGGACCGAGGGCAGAGCGGUCAUGAGGGUGCACACCCCGCUCUGCCCCCAGAGACGCGUCGCCUUCAUCCCGCCGCUCCCGCGCCCUGCACUCCGGCCCCGUGGUCUCUGCAGCUUCACGCAGAUCCUCUCCACGGAGGAAAGGGGCGGCCUUUCCUACCACUACCUGUACGUGGAGUCUACCGUGGACAAACCAGAAACCAGGCUGCACAUAUACGUGUUGCAAGAUGGUCUCUGGCUCCCGCGUGCUCCCUUGGACAUGCACCAACUCCCUCGUCCAUUACUCCAGCCAAAACCCGUGCUCGUCGACACAAGAAUUUACAUGCCGGCGGGCCUGAGCGACAUCAUUGUCCUGGAUUUGACGGCCUCGAGUUUCUCCACGAUUCAACUCCCACGGGGCACCAAGCACGACGAGUGCGGCGGCACCACCAUGCUGGCACGGUCUUAUGAUGCUUCCGGUGUGUAUUUCGUCCUUGUCGAGGAGUUUCAGCUUCUCAUCUGGCUCCACAAGGGGGGCAACUGGUCGCUGGUGGACACCAUUUGUUUGCGUGAGAUGUGUCCUGAUUUCAGGACGUUAGGCUGCACGGUUGAGGAUGAGGACAGUGAUCUUAUCAUAAGACGGGCGGGGAACGAUGCUGAGUUUGUGCUCUUGCAGAUGGGCCGGUGUGCGCUCCACCUGGAUACCAGGUGUAGGACACUGCGUAAGGUGUAUGAGCAGACGGAAGAGCAUCAAUGUUUUGGUGAUAUCCAUCCCUUUAUGAUGAUCUGGCAUCCCACAUUCCCUGCACUCCGGCGUGAUCAUGCAAGAGAUGCAAUGUGAAGAAGAAAGAUACCAGGAAGCUCAUGGGUGCUAUCUAUGUCGUGAGUGAUCAGGGCAGCAUCAAGGAAGAGCAGUAGUGGGCUGCAUCUUGUCUAGUAUGAUAGACUGAUAGCGUUCUAACUGUCUUUAUUAUAACCUUUACUUGAUCAACUAAUUACUUAAUUAGGAAUCAGGAUGCUAUUGCUAUGUAACUGGAGCACGUACUCCUAUGUGACUCGGAUCUUUGUUAUUGUUGGUAUAAUACUUCAUGUAUUCUGAGUA